AUGGGGAAUCUGAAUAAAACUAGGGUGGUAUUGAUUCCCAAGGUCACUCAUCUUACUAAAGUCACUGACUUCCGUCUAAUAAGCUUAUGCAAUGUAAUCACCAAAGCAAUUGCAAAUCGCUUUAAGACUGCUCUCUUAAUGGUUAUUUCAGACACACAAAGUGCUUUUGUACCAGUGAGGUUGAUGAGUAUAUCUGACAAUACCAUAAUGGCCUUUGAAUUUUUACACUCACUUAAGAAGAGAAGUAAUGGGGAGAAUGGGUGGAUGAGUGUGAAGCUUGACAUGAGCAAGGCAUAUGACAGGGUGGAAUGGAUUUUUCUAAAUGAUAUGAUAGAGGCUAUGGGAUUUUGUGGUCAAUGGCGGGAGCUGGUCCUAAGGUGUAUCAAGAAUCCUCAAGUUUCUUUCAUAGUCAAUGAAGUUAACAGAGGGUGUGUCAUAUCAGAUAGAGGCCUGUAA